CUUCUCGAAGAAUUUUAUGCCAUCGACACUAAAAUUGGUGUUAGAGAAAAGGAUAUUUUAUUAUAUAGCCAGUUGAAAAAAAUAUCAGUGUCUGCUGAACCCAACCAAUUAGAAAACAAUAUGACGACAGAUUUUUAUUACAAUUGUUUAUAUUCACUACAAAAGUUAUGCCUGAAAUUUAGUUUAAAAAAGAAUAAUUUUGAGGAGCUCUAUAUAUUUUUAAGCGCACUGAAAAAACUGACUGACUUAUGGAUAUAUGAUAAUGAUGAAGAUUAUGCAAUAAAUUAUGAAAGGAUUGUUGUGAAUCUUCCUACUUUAAAUAAGCUUGUUAUUAAAUCUCGAAGAGCGUUGCCAAUUUUAGACCUAAGCUGUUGGGGACUUAAUAAACUUUUUCAAAGCAAGCGGUAUGAAUUCGCUGAAGAAAUUAUUUUUGAAAGGGUAUCUUUAGUUGAUAGGGAAUACCAAGACUAUUGCACUGAAAGUCCAAUAGAAAGAUGUUGGGAAACUUUAAAAUCGCUUCAUUGCGAUGUGCCGUGGGGACCUAAUGAUGCUGAGAAUUCAGAUUUAUGGAUUAUGGGAAUGAAAAGUAAUUAUUUUAUUAGAAGUUCUUGAUAUUUAUGAAAGCAUACCUAAAUUUUCAUUAUGGA